GCUUUGCCGACCACAAUUACCGGAGGAGACAAUUGUUUUUUGUUUCGCUGCUCCCCCACACUCCAACCACACGAGACAAGCCUUUCCAGGCCACAUCAGCAACAGUGUAGACUGUAGAGUCACUGAGUACAUUGGCAAUUCUCGCCGGAUGAAGUUAGCCAACAAACGAAACAACGACCACUCCUUCCCCGAAGCUCCUGCCGGCGAUGGCGCCACUCUCUAAACUGAACUCUGCGGAAUAGUCGAUUCCCCGGUCAACUCUUUUAUCUCUCUACACAGCUUUUCCCCUACCUAAUUUCUUUUCUGUUCCGAUUUUCCCUCCGCAUUUCUUCUCGAGAUCAGUGGAAUUUACGAUUAAGUCUUUCUAUUACUGUUCAGAAGCAUAGGAGAUUAACGGUAAUGGAAGAGGCGGAAGCAAUUAGCGAGAGGGAGAGCUCGCCGGAGCCAAAACGGAGGAGUAGAAAGCGGGAAACGCAGAUGCCGCCGCCGCCGAAGGAAGCCGCCGAGGAGCCGGAGGGUCCGAGUACCAGGCGCACGCGGUCGCAGGCGGCUCCCGAGUGGACGACGAAGGAGGCGCUGGUUCUGGUGAACGAGAUCGCCGCAAUUGAAGGGGACUGGCUGAAAGCACUGUCGUCGUACCAGAAAUGGAAGAUCGUGGUGGAGCACUGCAACGCGAUGGAUGUGCGGCGGAAUCUGUUCCAGUGCAGGGGCAAGUGGAACUCGCUGCUGACGGAUUACAAUCUGAUCAAGCAGUGGGGUUGCAAGGCGAGGCAGGGGAGCGAUCCGUACUGGUCACUGGAUAGGGAGAGGAGGAAGCAAUUUGGAUUGCCUGAGAAUUUCGAUGAUGAGCUGUUCAAGGCGAUUGACGAGUACGUUAGGUCGCAGGCCGACGAGAUGGAUUCCGAUCCGGAAACGGAUCCUGAUGCUGACGCCGAGUUGCUUGAGGUGAUUGCCAGGCUAGGGUCCAAGAGGAAAAAACGUUAUAUAUCUGUUUUGGAAGUUGAAGGAGAGCCGUUGCAAGGUGCUGCAGAAGGGCUAUCUCAGGGAACUUACGCAGAAGAAAACCCUCAGCUAUACUACCCAGAAGAGGGUGACGCAGAAGAAAUGCCCGGGCUAGAUUAUCCAGAAGAAGAGGAGGGUCCUGGUGAAGAAAUUCCUGUGGAAGAAAUGCAUCAGCCGCAGUUGUCCACAGAAGAGAAACAGGUGCGUUGUUGGAUCGAGGAGAAAAAUGAGGGGGCGGCAGUCAAAGUUGAGGAAGAGAAUAAUAUGGAAGAAGCUCAUGUUGAAGAGAAGAACGAGGCAGCGGUAGAAGAAGAGGAAGCUCACAAUGAAAACCCUGUUGAAGAAGAAGAAGACAUCCAGGAAAAAGAGACGAUCCAUGCACCAAUAGUAGAAGAGGAGGCUCAUCAUGAGAUCCCGGCUCAAGAAGAACUAGGCAUCCAUGAAAAGGAGACGAACGAGGCAGCAGUACUACAAGUGGAAGCUCCACGCGAGAGCCUUGUUGAAGAAGAAGGGGUCCAGAGAGUCAAUGUAAAAAAUGGAGAAGUAGGAGGCGGUCAGCAGGAAAUGUGCGUUGAGGAACAGAAUGGUGAUGAUAGCUACGGCAGCGAAAGCAUUCCAUCUGGGGAGGUGGAGGUGGAAGGGGAGAAGAACGGCGAUGAGAAGAGUAAAUCGGCGCUGGGGGAACAAAGGCCUCACAAGAGAGGAAGGAAACCGAAAGCGCUGGUGGAAGAAGAGAAGAUGGUGGAGCAAGUUUACGAGCAUGCCAAGUUAAUGAUCGCUAUAGCCGAAACCAAAUACCCUACUCCUCCUCCGGAGCCUGGAUUCGGCGAUGAUGCUGCUGUGGAGGCGGCCAAGACGGAGUUUGUAAGGCGUCAAGCGGACCAGCUUAUAGCAUCCCUAGGUAAGAUUCUGAGUAUACUCGAACAGUAUCCUUAUCUCGUCCAAAAAUACAGCUAACGGUAGUACUGUUAAAGUGUCUAGUUCUUCAUGCUGUAUUGUAGAGUUGCUGCUUGCUGUCUAUGUUCGUUCCAUUGUGCAGUUUAUGUAGCUUUGCUAUGGACGUCGUUUUCGGUUUCCGGAAUAAGAUGGAUGUGUAAAAUAGUGUAGCUUUGGUUUAUAUUUUCAGUUGCUACAGCCACAGAUAAAAGAUUUGGUAUCUUUCUCAUGAUCAAUUAUAGAACGACAACUUUACUAAGUAUCCAAAGCACCAAAGAGAACUCAAAGGCAAAGAGGGUAUGCAGCAAUCCUCGAUCCAGCGGGAACCCGAACAGUGUUAUCCCUCCAUUGUUGUGCUGCAGAUAGGCCACCAGAGCUUGCCUGGUUUGGAAGGAAGAAGAUCCGUUAUGAUCCCCAUCAACAGAAACCGAGAUCAGAACUUCCGACGUCGACGACGAUGAAGUAUCGUCAGAGUCACCGUCGCUGCCGCUGUUCUCCUUGGAGGCAUGGUUCUUCGUCCCUUUCCCGGCGCCGCUGCUUCUAGCUGCAGCACCAGUGCUCGUCACGAUCAUGUUCCACCGCGUCGCCAACGACACAAUCCCCUGAGCUCUGUGCGUGAUCCUCGCCGCUCCCAUCAGGCACAAGAACAACCCGCUCAGCUGCACCGCCGAGCAUAUCUACAACAAACAUCACCAAAGUGAGUAACAUAACAUACUAUUCUGUCCGUUUAAUUAUUCUCGAAACAGGUAUUGUUCCACUUACGACGAGAUCGCCGGAGUUGAGGAAGCUUUUGUGAGAGCGGGACGCUAGAAUGAGAAGCAGAGCACCCAACUGGCUAACCGUGAUGGUAACCAAGCAGGCAAUAAUGAAGGAGCGAUACCUAUGGCUGGUGAAUCUGAGCUGCUUCUUGAUCCUGACGUGCUCCCCGUAUAUCGCGUCACACGAGCCGUCCGAGUAUUCGAACCCUUGGAACAGCUGGUGCAGCCCCUGGAACCUCAUGAUCUGAAGCUCGCAUGUCAGCCUGAACAGAACACAUACCAGCAGGAACACACCCGUCCUGUAAACCCACGACCCCAUGACGAGAAGGAACAUGAUCGAAUCCACGGGGAGACAAGCAGAGGCCGGGAGCGGGAUGGUGAGGCGGACGGUGGAGAAGAAGACGAUCUUGUGGGCGAGCUGGAGGAAGAAGGAAGGGAGGAGUAUGGCGGCGAGGUAGCGGAACGCGCGGUGGAGCUCGAGGGAGUAGCCGCGGCGGACGUGAGGGGAGUCGGCGUGGAGCCCGUCGAGGAAGAGGAGGUGGCGGAGGCCGUAGCGGCGGAAGAAGGAGGUCAGGGUGAGGAAGGAGAUGAGGGCUAGUCCGGAUUCAGGUAUUUGCACGAGUUUGUUGAAUGAUAACGGGAGGUCGUCGGUGGAUUCGUGGUCCUCGUCGUCGUCAUGGUAAGAGAGGGAGGUGAGGAUGGGGACGAGGACGGCGAGGGAGAAGAAGGUGAGGUAGGAGAUGGAUCGGCCGAGGGGCGUGGAGUGGUCGAGGGCGCACCAUUUGAGGCUUAUACGAAAGUUGCGAAGCUCGUCGAAGAGGAGGGAUUUCGAUCUCGCGUAGGAAGGUCGGAGUAGAAGAGGACGGUGGUCGUGGUGGUCGGAGUCCGAGGAGGAGGAAGGGAGGGGUGUUUGAUCGUGAAAUGUGACGUGGCAGUCGGACGAGUGGAUGGUUUGGCUGCUCAUGAUUUGACUUGAAGCGUUUAUGGGAGUGAGAUUGUUUGGGCGUGUAUGGAGAUUGGUUAUCUUCGAAGGUUUGACUAACUAGCUGUGUCUUUUUGGUGGGAAAUGUUGGUUGCGAAAUGGGCAAGUGGCCCGUGACUAAAACUAAAAAAAAGAAGAGGAAUCAUAUGUUUUCCGGGGGGUCACACAACUCACAAUCGUUUUCCAACGGGGACGAAACAAAGUGCUUGAUGGGCUUCGAUAGAGAUUAGUGCAUUAACAAGGCUUAGAGUCAUAGGUCCAGUACCAAGCAGGCCAGUGGUGACCCAGCCCAAUAAACUUUCUUGCAUAACCAGCCUUGUGGCUUCCCCCUUCCGAGGUCUACAUGAACAUUUGUUUUGUUACUCUAGACUCUAGUCCGCUAUGAUGUUUGAUUCUCGUCUGG